GGAUGACUUAUGGAAACCGGAUUUGUCACUCAGUAACACCUUUGCUAGAUUUACAGGCAUGGGAUCUUCGUACUUGAAUGUACAGAUUUACAGCGAUGGCUGGGUUCGCUGGAUGCCCUCAAUGAUAUUUGAAUCUACCUGUGCAGUGAAUAUAAAGUACUUCCCCUUUGACACACAAAAAUGCGAUCUGAAGAUCACUGCAUGGAGUUACCGAAAGUUCGAAGUGCAGAUAAAUAAAGGUUUAGAAGGCGUUGUUCUCGACCAUUAUGUCCAAAAUGCGGCUUGGGAUCUCGUGUCUGCGACAUCACAGGACGUAUCUUCAGACGAAGUAGCUGUCGUGUUUACGUUACAUCUGAAACGAAAGCCACUAUUCUUUCUCUUCAACAUCAUCGGACCAGUAAUAUUGUUGUCAAUUUUAAAUGUUUUCACGUUUGUUCUUCCAGUUGAGUCCGGCGACAAAGCCGGAUACUCUAUAACCGUGUUCCUGGCACUGGCAGUUUUUCUAACGAUAAUAUCGGAUCAACUACCUAACAACUCCGAUACCGUGUCACUCAUGGCCAUUUACUUGAGUACGAUGGUGUUGCUGAGCACGGUUGUGGUCGUUGUUUGUAUAAUACAAAUACGUCUAUCCAUUCGUAAAGAAACCGAGCAACCAAUAACCUGCGGUUACGCAUCAAUCGUAAAACUGGCCAACUGUCUCCAGUGUAGACGACAAAUGAACCAAAACAAAAUCAAACCCGACAACAUCGUUAAAGAGAGGUCUCUGGAUGAUAUUGAUGAAGAACCGGAAGUUGAAGCUAUUUCGUGGAUAGAUGUUGUACAUGCAAUGGACUUUCUCUGCUUCUGGCUUGCAGCUAUUUACACGUUCGUUUGCACAACAGCUAUAGCAUGUUCUGCUGUUUCAAAUUCCUAAAAGCUUUGUCGCGACAUGAGAAAUUAUGUCCUUCUAAAACGAAUAUGGCAAAAACAAACAAAAAAGUUUUAAUUUUGAAUCAAGUAGGAGCUUUCCAAAAACAUAUUAUGUUUGUAAUCACAAGCUUUUAAUUGCUUGCCAUGGAGAACACACACUUCGGCGUCACACUGCUUGUUCUUUUGUAGUCCGAGAGGACCAUUCUUGACGCUCUGCGCUGCACCAUCUCCAAGUUCCAGAUAUUUGCCUCAGUGAAUGAGUCAUAAAAUGAUAGAGGAGUAUUCCACCAGAUGUCUCACGAGGAUCUUCAAUAUAACUAGAAAUAAAGUAAAUUCAUAACUUUAAUUGGUCCUCAACAGAUCCUAUCGUAUAAGGAAGUGGAUUUUAAUAAAGUGGAAAUAUGU